UAAGAGAGCGGUAAAAGAUUUAAUUAUUAAAUUGCUUAGUGUAGUUCGAACAACCGUUUUGUUUGGUAUUUCAUUCGUAUAUAUUUCUUUCUGGAGAUUUGUACAAAUUCUAAAAUGGGCCCAGAAAUAUUCCACAUUUGAAUUUUGACACGUGAUUUCUUACUGUUCUUGAGGAUUAUAAUAAUGAUAAUUUACCUAGCUUAAAAUUAAAAGAUCACAAUUCAAAUUCUUGAUUCAGUAAUCUUCUUCAUAAAAAAAAGAACAACAAAAGAAAUCACUAAGAAGAAAAUUAUUUCAUUCGAAUAAAAAAAAAAUUCAAUGAAUUUAAACCAAUUUAUUAAUGUGUUGUUCCCUUUUUUUUUUUUUGUUUGAGUUGAAGAAUUAUAUGCAAAAUUAUAAGUUAUGAUUGUAAAUUUUAUGGCUCUUGCAAUCGUCAAAUCGGUAAUAGCGAAACGUUAUGAAGACGAUAGCAUCAAUAGGCGGAAAUAGCAGCAUGGUGAAUCUAUAGAAAGAGUGAGCACAACUGACAAACGAACUAAACCACAGUCAACCGUAUCAAAGAAGAAGGAAAACAAAUCACGAAAGAAAAACAAAACAGACACUAAUGCUCUUGAAAGCCGAACCAAACAAUCGAACAAAAUGAAUCCAAAUGUCAUAAAAACCAUCAUAUUAUUGCUCGAUAUCAUCGCAUACAGACUAUUCUUCGUUGAAGGAUGUGUAUUUUACGAUAAAAAUGGCAUUGAAAGUGAAUUGGAAACUACAAAAUUCAUUCGAAUACGUGAAAACCUACAAAUUGGCGAUGAAAUUUUGAAUGUACGUGCAUAUCCACAGAAAACUGUAUUUAUCAAAGGCACCAGCGAAAAUGCAGACGAUGUGCGAUAUUUUAAAUUAAAAACCGUGAACGAAACAAAUAUCCAAGUUUUAUUGGAUCGAUCGAUUGAUGAUUUAGUCGAUUGCGAUGUGCCACAAAAUGUAUUAAAAUUCAAAAUUGAAUGUAUGAGCAAGAGUGGACGAGUGGAGGAGACAUCAUUUUUAACCGUGAAUGUAUACAUUGAAGAUAUCAAUGAUCACGCACCGGAAUUUGAAAAUUUGCCAUAUCUUACUUAUGUGGACGAAUUAACGUCGGUGGGUGCGAAAAUUUUUACCGGCAUAUCGGCAUUCGAUCGUGAUAAGCCACACACACCAAAUUCUGAUGUGCAAUAUUCCAUCGAUUUGCCCGAACAAGAUGCCCAUUUUGCUCUCGAAAGUCCACAUCGGCCGCACAUCAUUUUGCGACGUGCACUUGAUUUUGAUGAAGGAAAACGCAUGUUUGAAAUUCCCAUCGUCGCAACCGAUCGUGGAGACAAUGCGAAAUCGUCAACAGCCAUGCUGAUGAUUAUGGUUAAAGACAGCGAUGAUCUACCGCCAAAGUUUACGGAGAGCAUUUUUCGGACGAAAAUUAACGAAUUUUCCCCAAUUACCGGUCAGCAUAUAAAAAUGCCUUUAUCGUUUUCACCACCGAUCAUGGCAUACGAUCAAGAUUCUCUGAAUACGACGUUGAUUUAUGACAUCAUUUCGGGCAACGAUCGAAAUCUAUUUUCCAUCAAUGCCAACACGGGCGUGUUGUAUUUAACCACUGAAAUUGAUCUGGAAGAAGAAACGUUGCCAGGAAAUACGUUUGUACUACAAAUUGAGGCUCGUCAAAAAGAUACGCCGAUCAAGCGGGCAGUGGCACGAGUCGAGGUUGAAAUUGUCGAUUUAAAUGAUAAUCGGCCGGAGUUUGAAGUUGAAUUUUAUAAUAUAUCCAUCGUUGAAAAUCUUCCCAGUGGUUUCAGUGUUUUGCAAGUGAAUGCAUUGGAUCGUGAUCAGGGUGAUAAUGCGGAUUUUCUGUAUAUGAUAAGCAAAGAAAGUCCAAAAGGUGCAUUUUUGAUUGAUCCACGCACCGGGUGGAUCACAGUGCGUGAUCAAGAACUGUUAGAUCGUGAAGUGCGAACGAAAAUUCGGCUCACCAUCGAAGCGGUUGAAAAGAUUGAGCCACACGGGAAGAAGAAUCAAAAACCAAGCACCGUCGAAAUUGAAAUCACUCUGUUGGACGCCAAUGAUAAUACACCUGCAUUCGAAAUGGGCAAUUUGUACGAGUUCAAAGUAAAUCAACAAGCAUCUAUUGGCCAUAUUGUUGGAUAUAUCACCGCCAAAGAUCCAGACGAAGGCCGCAACGGCAUGAUUUUGUAUGAAUUGCAACAACCAAAGGGUGGCACCGGUGGUACCGGACACGUUCCGUUUAAACUCGACCCAAAAACUGGCGCAUUGAUUGUCUCGAAUACUUUGAAGAAGGGGCGUCUCGCUAUAUUCGUUGAAGCUAGCGAUCAGCCCGCCAAUCCAUCGGAACGCCGAUUUUCAUUGGCUGUAGUCACUGUUGAGGUGGUUGCCAAAGUUUUUGAUGGAUCUCUGGAUUUCAUUGGCGCUCCCUAUGAAUUUUGGGUCGGAACAAACGCUCCGAUCGGCUAUUCGGUCGGUCAUAUCAAAACCAAUUUUGACUGGGAUGGUGGCGAAUAUGUUAUGUACGACUUGCUACAUUCAUACUCAGAAGGUGUUCCGUUUGCGGUUGAAGAAAGAUCCGGAAUUGUAACGGUCAUUCGAGAUUUGGCCGAUUAUGAUCGAAAACUGUAUGAGUUCGAAGCAGUUGCUGCACAUUUCUCUCCUGAAAAGCCACGGGCAAACACAAACCAUUUGACAAAACACACAUCUAAGUCGGGUCGUCAAAUCACCAAAAAUGGCGAUGUAUUUGAAUUGGAACAAGGCAUUGUCACUGAUAAUGAAAACGUUCUUAUUACAAAUGUUACAGUCCAUGUCGUCAAUCCAGAUGAAGAGGCUGGCAUACUAAUGAGAGGAACAACUAACGAUCCGAUAGAGUUCCACAUCCGUGAAAAUCUAGCGGAUGCAAUGAUCGGUCAAUUGAUUUAUAAAAAUGUGACGAGAGAGGAGCGAAAUCGAUCGGUGAAUCUAAGGCCAAGUUUGCCACCGGCGCCAUCGGCAACAUCGAUGCCGAUGUCGAAUCUAACGGCACGACAUGAGCGUUACUUGAAUUCACGAUUCAAUAAGAGUAAAAUGAAGAUAAAGAAAGGUCCAGUGCCAUACAAGCGUACACAUCGAAAUGUCAAUUUGGAAGAUCAAUUUUAUGUGUCAGUCACUCCGUCCGUGUUCUACAACGAUGACUCGGUGGCAGUUGAAUCGGAAAAGAUGAGUGUAGAAAUAGCAGCGCAUCCAGUGACAACGCGAUCAAUAGUAACGGUGACCUCACGAACAUCGUCAACAUCGUCAACGGCCGUGACUAAAUCGAUGCCAACAACUGAGCAUAUAAUGACACACGAUAUGACAACGUUAGACGAUUUGUUGGAUGAUAUAUCGAGCAAACGGUCAAAUACAAGCACAACCUCAAUAUCAAAAGUGGUUUUAGUUACACCGAGACCGUUGCUGCGCAAGCUGAAUAACGAAAAGUCGCGUUUCUUCCCCAAUUUGCAGAAUUUAACUCGAUCGGGCAAACAGGUGAAUCGACAGCGCUACGAAUCGAAUACCAACAAACGCGGUUUGAGAUUUGUAAUCGCAAAUCAACAUGACGUCAACAAUAUGAUAACCAUCACAAACGAUGGUACAUUGAUGACCCUAAAGCCGCUGGAUCGGGAAGAGCGUGAUGUUUAUCAUUUGACCAUCAUCGCCGAAUAUGUGCAAGGCUAUGUGACGGGGGCUGGUAUUUAUCAAGUGGUAAUCUAUGUGGACGAUGACAAUGAUAAUCCACCGGUGUUCAAUAUGCAUUCAUAUUCGGGUUCAAUUAUUGAAAACUCCGCUGUCAACACCGAAGUGACGUUCGAUCAACAGAUGCUCGUUCACGAUGCGGACGUGGGUGAAAAUUCCGUAUUUGACCUUACUUUGCAGGGUGAAGGUAGUAAUUUCUUUACGAUUGAACGACGGAAUGCAACAUCAAAUCUUGUAAAUCAAUUCACCUCCGCCUAUUCGAUUGGAAAUCAACGGUUUGCUCGAACUCUGUCAAAAAUUCAUGCCGCCAACAAAAAUGUGAGCAAUAACUUUUUAGGUGAUUUCGUCAAUGUAGUGCCACAGUAUACAAUUCGAUAUAUUGGACCGAAUGUGAUUGAUCGAGAAAUUCAAAGUUAUUACGAGUUCAAUGUAGUGGCUCGGGACAAAGGUGGCUUAAGUUCCGAAGUUAAGUUCACUCUUUACAUUAUUGAUACCAAUGAUUGUGCGCCGAUAUUCGAUAAACUUGCCAUUUACAAAGAUGCUAGCAUUGAAGUAUUGGAAUAUCCAAACGAUUUAAAAGUUUACUUUGUUGAUCGUUCCGAACCAGACACAUUGACCUAUCCGAUUCGACACCACAUACGAAAUGUACAGCAGGACCAACUGAUGACCAGUGCCAGUAAUAUCAACUAUGAAAUAAUGCAAUUGGCCGAUGGCCAACACAUUGGAACACCACGUCAAAUGAACAACAACAACAAUAUGAUGAAUGGUGCACAAAAUGCAACACGAAUGUCGUCCAGUCGAUCACGUUCACGUCGACGCAAUUUUGAAAAACCAUAUGCCGUCUUUUCCAUACUGGAAAACAUUGACGUUGGCAAUACGGUACUCCGUCUCACGGCUACCGACGAUGACUAUGAGAAUAAUGCACAGGUUACGUAUAAAAUCGUUUCACAAUCACACACUGCACCACGAUCAAGCGCCAAACAAAUGUUCACUACCAAAUUGUUCGGAAUCGAUGAGUCAAGCGGUGAACUACGUGUUAUACGACCAUUACCCGCACAAGCCGAAAUUAUGUUGAACGUUUCGGCUAUAGAUAGUGGCGGAUUGAGCGAUACCACUUUAAUUAAAUUCAAGGUGAAAGAUGUAAAUAAUCACGCGCCAGAGUUUGAAAAGUCAUGGUAUAGCCAUGAUAUCAGCGAAGGUUACUAUAUGCAUAUGGUGAUUGGAAAGAUUGUUGCAACUGAUGAAGACUACGGUGACAAUGCCAAUAUUACAUAUUCGCUGCUUAGCAAUGAUUCGCAUCCGUUUUACAUUACACCAUUGAGCGGUAUCUUAAAAGUCAAUGGCGAAUUGGAUCGUGAAAAAAAGGCGCUUUAUGAAUUUAAAGUGGUAGCGAGUGACAACAGCAAAAAGGAGCAACAACUAAGUUCGACCGUUGAAAUCGAAAUAAAUGUUAUGGAUCUAAAUGAUAACGCGCCAAUUUUCACCGGUUUCGAUGAAAUGCUCACGUUAAACGGUGGCUUUGGCCGUCGAAUAUCCGAUGCCGAUGAGAUCAUUGAGUCGAUUAAUGACGACGAUUUGCCAUACAAUCUACCCGUUUACAAAGCCUAUUUGAAUCGUAACACCGAGCCGGGAACUUAUGUCAAACAAAUAACGGCCAUCGACAAAGAUUUCUCGGGCAACGGAAAUGGUUUGGUUAUGUACGCAUUACGGCACAAUAGUUUGCCGUAUUUCUUCGAAAUUGAUUCACGCGAUGGUGUCAUCACAACUAUCGCCCGAUUUAAUCGAUAUCAAAAUUUGUACGAACACAUCAAUUUAACGAUUAUUGCAUCGGAUUUGGGCACACCGUCAAAAUCAUCAGUGGCAUUGCUCAUUGUUAAUUUACAAGGAACCACCAGCAACAUGGAUAAUGAUUACGAAGAAAUCAUCGGCAACAGUCUAUUCCAACACAAAUACUAUGAGAUUGAAGUGCCCGAAAAUAAUGUGGUGCCAACGAUGCUGUUGCAAAUCAAUGCGACACAUAUACACCGCGAAAAGUCAUUUAAAUGGAGCAUCACAACGGAAUCACAAGGUAGAAAUCGUGAAUUUCGCAUCGAUCCUCACAACGGUACAUUGUGGCUAGUUAGAAGUCUGGACAGAGAAAUGGAAGACACUUACCGGCUUAAAGUGCGCGCUGAUCCAGUUUUUCGAGAAAGUCGCGCCUCAAUUAUGUACCCGAUCACGGAUGAUCGCAUCGGUGAUUUAAUGGACAAUGAAGUUCGAAUCGUGGUUCGUGUAACCGAUGAAAAUGAUAACUCACCGAAAUUCGUUGGUAAUUUCAAGCCAAUUGUUGCAGUCAUACCAAAUACGGCAAAUUUCGGUUAUCCAGUUACAAGAGUUGAGGCAACUGACGAUGAUAUUGGCCUGAAUUCCGAGAUUCGUUACAGUUUAUUGAACGAACCAACGAAACUGUUCGAAAUCGAUGAGAUGUCGGGCAACAUUCGCGUAAUUGGACCGAUCACAAAUGAUCAACGCGUUUACGGAUUCGAUGUUAAAGCCACCGAUCGUAAAGGUGCCGAAGACGGCAGAAGCUCGAUCGUUAAUGUAUUUGUGUAUAUACUUGACGACAGUCGCAACGUACGGUUGGUGAUAGCUGGUACUCCGGUUGACAUCGAACGAGAUCUCAAGAAUUUGACGAGUUCUCUGAGCGAUUUAACGAGUUUCGAUGUUCGGAUACGUAUGCUUGAACCACACAUGAGUGACAACUAUCAACCGGCAACUGAUGUGUAUUUGUAUGCUGUGGAUCCUCGAUCGAACACUGUCGUCGAUAUGGAUGUCUUGCAAAGCAAAAUGGGUUCGAUUCCGAUGAGCAAUUUAACGAUUUCGUCGCGCAUACUUGGACUGGCUGAGCUCGGCGAAUACCAGAGUUUUAAUGCAAAAAUCCCGCAAACCAACUACAAAGGAUCCAAUCUAAAGACAUCGGAAUUAGCCACAAUAAUGCUAGCCAUUGUUGUUUUCACUGGUGGUUUAGCAACAGCCUUCUGCGUUGUCUGCGUUCGAUACAAACGAGAUCGUCACAGUGGGCAUGGGCGACGACAUGAUUUUAUCGAUGUGCCGUUAUCACAGCCCGCUCUGAGUCCCAACUUCAAUUUGAUGGACCAUGAGAAUCGAUGCAUCAAAUACAAUCCACUUCAACAUCAAAAUCAGAAUGUGAAUAAUUUGGACACAUCAGUCCCAUCAAUUCAUUCGAGUGGGUGUGACUCAGGUGUUGGCUUGACCACUCAGUUAAAUGUUGGCUCAAAUAAGCAAUUAGUGCAAUUGAUGCGCAGCUCUCAACGUGAAAAUCUACGCGAUCGUAUGAUCACCGACAAACGAGUUAAGCGAUGCGUUUGUGGCUAUGCGGCUGCAGGUGCGCACGUUUGCAAUGCUGGUGAAGACAGCAGUGAUAGCUACGAAGACAGCUUGAAAAAUGUAACCUGCUUGCGAAUAUCGCGGCGAACAUCUUUCCCAAAAACGAAUGCAUUCCGACGAAGUCUUCGCUCCCAUCGCUUGUCAACGCCACGUGAUCUUCAUCCAUUUUCAGGAGUAAUUUAAACCAACCGCCGAUGAAAAUGAAAACGUGUUUUCAAUUCCUUGUUGAAUAAUAAUCUGCGGAAAGAAAUACAAUUUUCAUUCGACUUUCUCCAGAUUCUGAGAUUCUUCAGGCAGAAUUUUUGGUUUCUACUCUGAUUCGAGAUUGAAUCCAUUCGUGAUUGUAUUAUAGCAUUAGAUAUAUAGGGUAGAAAAUUUAUUUUCUGAUGAUAGAUCGAUUCAACAUUCAAUUUUUUUUUGUCGAACUGCGAAUUAAUUUCACUCAACUAUCUCAACGUGAGCAUGAGCAAUUGAUUGAAGAAAAUGAGUCCAUUUAGAAAAGAAAGUGAAGCUAUUUAGUCUUAUUAUGUUAUGUUAGAUUAUUUAGAAAUGUUAAUUAGUCGAUAAUAAAAGAACAUUAAUUUGAAGUAAGCAAAAAAA